AUGUUCGUGAAAGUACUUACUUCCGUGCUGGCCCUAGCGGCAUCAACCGUAUCGGCAGAGGGUGCACCCGGUUAUGGGGGCUUUAGACUGGUCUGGGCAGAGACCUUCGAUGGUGCGGCAGGGUCUACAGUCAAUGGCAACAACUGGAACAUCAUCACGGGCCUCAAGGUGAACAAUGAGUGGCAGAGCUACACGACAUCCUCACAGAACCUCCAACUUAGCGGUGGUGCCACCGUACAGAUCGUGCCGCGCAAGGACGGCAAUGGCCAAUGGACUUCGGCACGUAUCGAGUCCAAGUACACAUUCACCCCACCAGCAGGCACGCAGACGAUGGCCGAGGCGAAACUACGAUUUGGCGACAACAAUAUCGCGAAUAAGCAGGGCAUCUGGCCCGCGUUCUGGCUCCUGGGUAACUCGAUCCAUAAUGGGGUAGGGUGGCCGACAUGCGGCGAGCUGGACGUUAUGGAAACGGUCAACGGGCAGCUAACGGGCCACGGCACGGUCCACUGCGACGUGUACCCCGGUGGCGUAUGCAACGAGUCCAACGGUAUCGGCGGCACCAUCGCCAUCCCCGACCAGAGCUGGCACAACUGGCGUAUCGUCUGGGACCGUCGCGCCAGCAGCUGGACCGGCGAGACAAUCACAUGGUACAUGGACGGCCAGCAAUUCCACCAGAUCUCCGGCUCUCGCAUCAACAACCAGGGCGUCUGGAACUCGCUUGCCAACUCGGCCAUGUUCUUCAUUCUCAACGUCGCCGUCGGCGGUGACUGGCCCGGCGCGCCCAACAGUGCCACCCUGGACGGGUACGGCAGCAUGAUGGAGGUUGCGUACGUCGCGCAUUACCUCGCAAAUUAA